GUGCGCUCGCCGGGCACCGCGGCCUCGCCCUCGCCCUCCGCCCCUGCGCCUGCACCGCGUAGGCCGUCCCUCCCCCCCCGCGCGCGCACCCCGUAGACGACCCCCGCCCGCGUCCCGGCCGGCCCCCCCUUUCUAGAUUUAAAGGGGGCGCAGCAUUAACGCCUCCUGCCUCAGGUGACCUCUCAGGGGGUCCCCCCGGCAGAGGUGCCCCACCGCUGAGGAACAUGGCGAAGGUGGAGCAGGUCCUGAGCCUCGAGCCGCAGCACGAGCUCAAAUUCCGAGGUCCCUUCACCGAUGUCGUCACCACCAACCUAAAGCUCGGCAACCCAACAGACCGAAACGUGUGUUUUAAAGUGAAGACCACAGCACCGCGUAGGUACUGCGUGAGACCCAACAGUGGGAUCAUCGAUGCGGGGGCCUCUGUUAACGUGUCUGUGAUGUUGCAGCCUUUCGAUUAUGACCCCAAUGAGAAAAGUAAACACAAGUUUAUGGUUCAGUCUAUGUUUGCUCCGACUGACACUUCUGAUAUGGAAGCAGUAUGGAAGGAGGCAAAACCGGAAGACCUUAUGGAUUCAAAACUUAGAUGUGUGUUUGAAUUGCCAGCAGAAAAUGAUAAACCACAUGAUGUAGAAAUAAAUAAAAUUAUACCCACAACUGCAUCAAAGACAGAAACACCAAUGGUGUCUAAAGCUCUGAGCUCUUCUUUGGAUGACACCGAAGUGAAGAAGGUGAUGGAGGAGUGUAAGAGGCUGCAGGGGGAGGUGCAGAGGCUCCGGGAGGAGAACAAGCAGUUCAAGGAAGAAGAUGGACUUCGGAUGAGGAAGACCACGCAGAGCAACAGCCCCGUUCCUGCAUUCGCUGCGGCUGGGAAGGAGGAGGGCCCCAGUGCCCGGCUCCUGGCGCUCGUGGUGUUGUUCUUCAUCGUUGGCGUCAUCAUAGGGAAGAUCGCCUUGUAGAGGCGGCCGGUGGAGGGUGGCUUACUGGAUUGAUGGCCCGCCAUACCGUGGGGUUUGAAUUGAUCAUAACCAUGUGUAAAAAGAAGUUAAUGUGUGAUGACAUCUCACAGGUCUUGCCUUUAAAUUACCCCCUCCCUGCGCGUGCGCACGCGUGCACAUACACACACACACAAUUAUAAUGUAACAAUCUUUUAGAAAGUGAAAACUGUAUAGUAAAUGAUCGGGGGGAAAGAAUGGUCUUUAUUAAUGAUGAGGGAAACCGUGAUUAAAUCGUAAUGGCAUGUCAUAAGUGUCACUUUAAACAUUUGUAGCCUUGGUACCUGUGGCUGGGUUGAUUACCUCUCUC